GUUAGCCCUCUCAGUAUAAAACUCGGGAUAGGCCAAUACGUUCUGCACAGCCACAAAUAGCACUCAAACUCAACAAAAAGCAAGUUUGCUCUUCUGUUGAGAAUUUCUCGGAGUAGAACAAAAUGAUAAGCACAAAGAAGCUGAUUCAAAUGGCAAGGAAGUGGCAGAAGAUGGCCGCAAUUGGAAGAAGAAGAAUUUCGUUUCAUUGGACGAACAGCAAGUCCGCUUCAGCAAAUGCAAAGAGAUCAUCGGUUGCUCAGAAGGGUCACUUCGUUGUCUAUACAACAGAUGAGAGACGCUUCAUGAUCCCUCUCUCGUUUCUCACCAACGACAUAGUGAGGGAGCUCUUCAGGGUAUCGGAAGAAGAGUUUGGGAUUCCAUGUGAUGGUCCAAUCAUGCUUCCAAUUGAUGCACUAUCAAUGGAGUACAUAAUUUCAUUAAUUAGAAGAGGCUUGGCUAAGGACCAAGAGAGUGCUUUGCUUAUGUCGUUCACUAGACAAAGCUGCUCAUCAUCCUUAGCUUUCAAUCAAGCAUUAGAAAACCCAGAAAUUCUUGUUUGUAGCUGACAGAUGUAACACAUACCAGUGCUUACUAGAUGAAUGAAAGUAGUUUUGCCACAA